CUGCAGACCACUUAUUAGAACUUCGACGAGCUCAAAACAUUCUUGUGAUUCUGCGGCCAACCUCCUCCUUUUCAAGGCUCUCCCAAGUGACCAAACAUGAACAGCAUGCGGGUGUUGGAGCGUAACGCCUUGCAACAACUCCUCCAUGUGCGACCAGCUGCUUCUCGGAGGGCAUUGAUUCAAUUCGAACAACGCUUCGGCCAAUCUAUUCUCCAGCAAUCCUUACAAACGAGAUCCUUGCAAACGUCCGUACGGGACCAUACCAGGAGAGGGAUACAUACACAACGGUCUGCCACUACAUUUUCGAGUCCCGGUCCGAGAUCGGGUUCUUUCGCGACGCAGAACGCGAGGAACGGAGGAGGACGAAUACCUUGCCCUGGUAGUAGGACACAACAACAGGGGAAGAGAUGGAACAGUGGUAGCAACACAUCAUCAUCGUCCGGAUCGUCCGGGUCGGCGUCGACAGAAAAACUAUCCUUUUCUCAACGUAUGAAGAAGCUCUCGCGGGAAUACGGUUGGGCCGCGCUGGGAGUGUACCUGGCCCUCACGGCCCUGGAUUUCCCGUUCUGUUUCCUCGCCGUGCGGAUGCUCGGGACCGAUCGCAUAGGACACUGGGAGCACGUGGCGUUGAGCUGGAUCCGGGGCGUGGUCGCCUGGCCUUUCCCACAGAAACAGAAGGAGGUGUUGGAGGCGGCCGGGGAUGUCGUGGAAGCCAACGUCGUCGGAGAAACCAAGAGGAUCCUCGAGGAAGAAGGGCCCGACCAACAAUCUCAAGAGGUCGAGGAUCAUGGGUACAAGGAGGCUGAAAAGGCAAACACCGGAAGCAAUGCCAGUAUAUGGACUCAACUCGCUCUGGCUUAUGCAAUUCACAAAUCUUUCAUCUUUGUCCGAGUCCCUCUGACAGCGGGCAUUACCCCAAAAGUCGUCAAGACACUACGAGGUUGGGGUUGGAAUAUUGGAAAAAUGCCAAAGAAGGGAGUCAGUGGUUCUUCGGCUUCGUCAUCUUCCUCAAGUUCUUCGGGUACCGCCGGAGUCAACACCAAAGGAUCCAAGGUCAAGGGCGACGAUUGAGACAGCUAGCAGCGACGAGGGCAUCUUCAGUUGGACCUACAGACAUUGAUUCAUUUCGGGUGGCGGCGCAGUAUAGGAAGAAAGGCAAGCAGCCAGGCAGGGCGCUUUAGAAAGAGAGCGGGAACAUUGUGGCAUCUUUCUUGUCCUAGUCCACUCCUCUCAAUUUUGAUCCCCAAGUUGCUUUGUUGGAUCUACAUCUUCAUACUGAAGAACAAGUCAUGACGAACCAUGGCGUUUUGUUGAUUGGCAACAUACAAUCCCAUGUAUACUGUACAGAUAUUUGUAAAGGUAGGAGAGGAAACCAUCAUUUGCUACAUGCUGGACGGGGUGUAAUAGAAUAGUUGUACAGCUUCCGUUCUCCAGGGUUGGCCAUUCUCCCAUGCUCCAUGCU